CUAUUAUAGAAAACGGAAAACAUAGAUCACGUGGUUUAAAAGAAACAGAGCGGGUCGCUGGCUUUAUCUAUUUCCACAAUUCCCCGGCACGUGUAAAUAUCCUCCUUCAAUUCGUUUGAGUGUCUUGUUGUAUUAUAGUUUUGCUAAAUUAUUUUCUAUUUUUAUUCAAUUGAGCUUUUAUUUGUGUAGUGUUUUAUUCACUUAAAUGCAUUGUGGGUAGUCCAUCAUGCGUAGGCUAUAUGACAAAUACACUAACUAAUAACGAAAGCUGAAGUUCACGGUUCCACGUAAACCAUAGCCCUUCUCAUAUACGGGCUAUAUAUAUAACAUACAUGAUGACAGAAACUCGUCCCUCGCUCUACUGCUGCUGUCAAAACAAAACUGACUGCGGUUGGUCCGGCGGAUGAUGAAUGAGGAGAGGUUUGAUAAUCCCAUUUAUAGCAGUGGUCCAAUGGGCCUCACCGAAGGAGACCGGGAAUCCUUACGGAAACCAUGCAACCGAACUCACCUCUCAGGUUCCGAAUGCUUAAGAAGACACUACAUACUACUGCUGUGUGUGGUAGUAGUGGGGUGUACUGUGGCUGUCAUAAGUCUGUUUGCCCAGAAAAACUAUCAAAUUGCACAGCGACAGCAGUCAAAUAUGGAACCCUCUGCGGCAGAGAGAGAAGAGAUGAAGUCUCUGAAAUCAGAGGACUACAGCGUUCUUCUAAAUAUGAUUUUAAAGCAGGAAGGGUGGAAGUAUAUCAACUCCAGUUUGUACUACAUGUCUACUGAGACCAAGUCCUGGGGUGAGAGCAGACCUUACUGCCAACGGAAGGGAUUGGACCUGGUGACCAUAAACAGCAAAGACGAAGAGGACUUUCUCCUUGACGUGGUCCGUGCAAAGAAAUUGGAUGUAGCCUGGAUUGGUUUUUCUCCCAACAACACAAAGGAGAUAUCUACACGGGUGAAGAGAGGUGUGGGGUCAGAAGAAGGUGCUCAGGAAGAGGACUGUGCUACGCUUACGGUAUAUGAGACACCUGCAGUGAAAGAACUAACCGGGGGACAAUGUGGGACAAAGAAAUACUGUAUUUGUGAAAAAUACCUGGAUGUCAAAUACAAUGUAAGCAAGAGAAACCGUUAACUGGUUCUUCUGAAAGGAUUCGACUUCUUUUUAAUGGAGGGAACAACUGCUAGCUUCAACUCUUCUUUUAAAUGGAGGGAACAACUGCUAGCUUCAACUCUUCUUUUAAAUGGAGGGAACAACUGCUAGCUUCAACUCGUCUUUUAAAUGGAGGGAACAACUGCUAGCUUCAACUCGUCUUUUAAAUGGAGGGAACGACUGCUAGCUUCAAUGUUUCUUUUUAAAUGGAGGGAACGACUGCUAGCUUCAAUGUUUCUUUUUAAAUGGAGGGAACAACUGCUAGCUUCAAUGUUUCUUUUUAAAUGGAGGGAACAACUGCUAGCUUCAACUUCUUUUUAAUGGAGGGAACAACUGCUAGCUUCAAUUUUUCUUUUUAAAUGGAGGGAACAACUGCUAGCUUCAAUUUUUCUUUUUAAAUGGAGGGAACAACUGCUAGCUUCAACGUUUCUUUUUUAAAUGGAGGGAACAACUGCAUUUUCCAAGAAGCAACUGUUAGUCAUUCCAGUUAGGUUGGUGAGGGUUUUUUACCCUGAAAUACACAUCUGCAUCGUAUAUUAAGAAAAGUUAAAAGGGUAGUUUUCUGUGCUAGGAAAACCCCCCCCCUGCAUUGUUCCAAUACGCAAAAGCACUUUCAGUCAAUAAGCUUUCCAUUUUAGCCAGACAGUUUUCAACUGAAGUCAAUGGGCAGAUGGAUUCAAUGGGCAGAUGGAUAAAAACAUUUAUGUUUUUGUUUUAAAGUAAACAAAAAUAUUUCACGUAAAAACAACAUUUAGUAAAACAUUGUGUUUAGACGGGGGGCUGACAGAGCAGGGUAGGAACACACAUCGUACACACACAUCGUACACACACACACACACCACAACCUUACACACACACACACACACACACACACACACACACACACACACACACACACACACCAUACACACACCUUACACACCUUACACACACCUUACACACCUUACACACACACACACCUUACACACCAUACACCUUACACACACACCGUACACACACACACCGUACACACACACACCGUACACACACACACCUUCAGCCUCUCUCAAGUCAUUGGUGAAGGGGUGAAGGACAAUCAGCCUCCAUCUAUACACAAUGUUUCACUAAAUGUUUUUUGUUUGACAUUACAUUUUUCUUUUAAAACAACAGUUUUUU